AUGGGAAUGAUUCCUUUAACUUCUGAUGGACUUGUGGAUAGAAUGCAUUCAUUAUACAAGAGUUUGUUUGGUAAUUGUUCGGAUUGUACUUGUUCUGAGUUUUGUUCCAAUUGCUCUAUCCAAUUUGAAUUGAAUGUUCGAUGUGACGAGGAUACGACUAGAGCUGUUACUUCGGAUGACCUAGAGUCAAAUAACAUUGAGGUUGUUCCGGCUUGUGGUUCUUAUGCAAAUCGCGAUACUCUUGAAAUGGAUGGAAUUUCUGAUGAAAUUUUGAUUGUUAAACUUCGAAAAGGACAAGCCAUUUCAAUGCGCUGUUUUGCCAAGAAAGGAUUUGGAAAAGAACAUGCCAAAUGGAAUCUUUGUUCAUCCGUUGCAUUUGAAUAUGAUCCAGUCAAUGCUCUUCGUCACACAGUUUUAGCAAAACCGGAAGAAUGGCCAAAAAGCGAAUUUAGUGAAUUAUUAAAUGAAGAUGAUCAACGAGAGGCUCCUUAUCGCCCAAUGGACAAACCAAGGAAAUUUUGGAUUAGUGUGGAAAGUGCUGGGGCUUUAAAGGCAGAAAAUAUUAUUUUGAGUGGAAUUCAAGCUUUAAAGAAGAAAUUGGUGGAUUUGCAACAACAAUUGAAAGCAAUGCUCCUGAAUUCUAUUGAAGAAAAGAGAUUGGUUUAUUUAUUUUUGUGGUAA